CCAGACCUUUCGAUUUCCUCUUUUAGUUUUCAUUUUAUCGGAAUGUUGAAAUUAUCAACAUUUUCAUUCAAAGAGCGAAUAUGUGAUAUGAUAUUAUUGUUAACAGUGACAGGAUGUUAAAUUUAAGAACAUCUUGUAAAUUUCCUUGUUUUUAAAGAUGUAACAAUGGAGUUGACAACACUCAUAGAAUCCAGCGUGACCUGACCUAAGAAAACAGCAGUAUGGGGACAGGGAUUCCUCUACUGAAUGAUUAUAAGCAGGAAUUCUUUGCCAAGAGGUUUCCCCAGACCAUCCUAGGGGGACCCAAACUUCGCCUUGGCUAUGAUGCACCUGUAUAUGUUUAUAUUAACCAGCUUAUCCUGUUUAUCAUUCCUUUUAUUCUUGGAGGACUUGUGACAUUACUCGUAGAAUUGGAUACCAUCAGUGAUGUCGUAGGUGUGAUUCUUUAUGGGUCUCUGGUCCUUGCCUUUGUCUUGGCUGCCAACAUCAUAUCUACCAUUGUACAGGAAAAAUGUACAUCAGAUCUGACAUACCCCACCAAAAAGAACCUCUUCGCCGAGGAAGAUGAGAUUGAUUUUGUGUCAUGCUGCGGAGUGGAAACGUAUGAAUUUGUUAUACCCAGGAAAAAGUUUAUUGCCAAUAUCAUCAUUCAUGCUGUUUUAUCUGGGUGUAUGUGUGGACUUUCCCUUUGGUAUCUCUUGCCCACCACACUGAAUGCACUGUAUAGUAACAGUACGGGAGCCACUGUGGUUAUUUUUAUUUUUGGCUGGUUCACUGUACUGGUGGCUCAGUAUCCUCUCACAGUGGCAGCCCCUCCAGAGCCUGCCACCUACAGGACAAUGGACAGAUGGGAGUUAUCUCCCUUGACCAGGCCAUUUUAUGUUCUAGUCUUCUGUAUGUUUGAUCUUUUAUACAGAUACCACAGCCAGGCUACUUUCUCCACCACAAACCAGGCCCUUCACAUUCUGUUUGUGGUUCUGCCUGUGUUAUGGACUGGUGGCUUCCUCCCUCCAGUUGACUGUUUCUUCUUGUGGCUGGGGGAGCAGGUACACAUCCACCUGUUGGGAGGAUCUCCGAUGGCCUCUGAUCUCAGACUUGGGGUCCUAUUACUACUUUCUGUGGGUGUGUACUUUGCUGCCUAUUUCAUGCCCUCCUGUCUGGCCACCGUCCUUGUGUCAGCUCUGUUUGGUUAUCUUCUCAGCAUUGACCUUGGAGGGCUGGUCAACCAAAUUAUCCACACCUGUAGAAGCAGAAACAAGGUGUCUGAUGACCAGGGAGUCAUUGCUAUGGACAUGAGGAUCAAAGGGUUUCUAUGGAGAUGGGGUGUGUUGGAGUUUUUGUACCAUUUUAUAAUGCUGGCCGUUGUGGGGGUUACAGCAGGUUUACUAAACGUGAACUCACAUACAAUCAGUGGGGAUGUCUGGAGAAUUCUUGGUUAUGUGAUUAUCGGAUUCUGUGUUGUGGAGAAAAUUUUGAGAGAUCUUCAGAAUGUGUACAUAUUUUUUGGAUUGUUGAGGAACUGGCUGUUUCCCAAAUCCAGUCACCUAGGUAAAAUUUUCCUGGACAGAAGGAAGAUGCUGAAACCCCUGGGAGUGGUCCGGAGGAUCAUUGUUAACUGGGUGGCUCCACUGGCCAUGCUGGGGUACGCCUCUCUGCUGGUGACCACCAGUGACCCUGCCUCUGUAUCUGUCACCACCGCCCUCAGCACCGCCACCUCUGUGUGGUACCUGUUUGGUGUGGUGCGAGUAUUCAGGGCAAUUUGGCAGAAUACAGUGACAAGUCUGUUGGAGCUCUCCAUCACGCAUAUCAUCUUGGUUACCACGACGUCGACCUCUGACCUCAUCCUCUUCCCCAUCCUGUCCCUUGUGAUUGGCCUGUGUCUGGACCGCACCAUUCAGUUCCUUAACAAGCUCUACUUCUGUGUGACUGUGUUGAUCACUUCCUGGACAGACAAGAAACAGCGGCGUGGAUCCACAGCGGCAUUGAUUGGAGUGUCCGUAUUUCUGUUCCCCCUGGUCCUCCUCAUGGUUUCGCUGGCCUCAGUUUUAUCUGCACCACUUCUCCCGUUGUUUACACUUCCUCUUUUUGUCAUGGGGUUUCCCCGCCCCAACAAGUUCUGGCCUGAGAAUGUUGGCGCCUCUGCCAAUGUUAACCCGGACACCAUGUUCUACAAACAGCUGGCCCCCGUCCUAAGUGGAACCCUCGGAUCGGCCUUCGCUGAUGGAAGAUUAGGUGAAGCAUUUGUGGGUAACCAUUACCUGCUACGGUUCCAGGAUCGCCUGGUGUGGAUCAUGGUUUUGGAGCGGGGAGCGGGCUACUGCACGGUCAGUAUAAAGGGGCUGGAACUCCAGGAGACCUCGUGUCACACAGCUGAGGCAGCUCGCCUGGACGACAUCUUCGAGGAGGCAUUCCCUGAGAAGCUUGGCUGUUCCCUCAACCAGUAUCCAUUGCACACGCUGGCACUGGUGGACAUAGAACCAGUCAAAACUUACUCAGAUGCACGUAAUGUCUUAACUGGAAUUAUAGACCAGCCAGGAAGCUUCGAUAUUGUGAUGUCGUCAUUCAUAAAAAGUCUGGUGUGGGUCCUGCUGCAUCAUGUGAAUCAGCUCAAAAUUAAAGAGAAGAAGAAAAAUCUGGAAAAUGCAAGCAAGGGAGCAGGAAGUGAAAAUAAUAACAAUUUAUCAGGGAGAAUCUCAAAAGCUUCUCUUCAUCAUAAUGAUAGAGCUGUGAUAGCCAUGGAGACCUAUGCAGGAAGACCAUCAUCUUCAAAGCAAAAUAAAAUGAACUCUUCUUGGGGUUCCCUUGGAAGCUUUACAGACAGUAUUUUCUCUGAGGAUGAGUUUACAGACAGAAAGAAAACUAACGCCACAAAACAGGAACCAAAGAAGGCAAAGACUCCAACCUUUGGAGCACCUGCUAAAACAGUCAGCAAGUUUGAUGAUGAGAUUGAAGACCUCAUGAAUGAUUUUGAAUUAGGGCUUCCAGCCUUGGAUGUAAAGAAAAAGACACCAAAUGUUGGUGCUGUCUCAAAAUUUGACAGCAAAAAGACAAGCAAUGGAAUAUUUAAGCCAAUGACUAAUCUAGCAGGUUCCCCUGACUUUAAGUGUUCACAUUCUGUGCAUAUAAGUCUGCCCCAGAAAUGGCGGGAACUGCCCCUUGAACCUUCUCAGGUCUCAAGAUACAUGGGGAAAUUCCCCAGGGAGUGGUUCAAGCAUGUCCUAGGGACAUUAGACUGGUCAGGAGUGAAGGGUCCCAUUAAUCAAGUGAAGGAGGAGGUUGCCAAUGAUGACGUUUUGACAAACUGCUACUCUCAGCUUGUCAUGGCCUGCUACUCCAUAUUUGAUACAAAUUCUUCAGUGGGAGGUGCCAAUACUUUGUACAAAUUUUACAAUGGUGAUCUCCCUUGGAAUGCCAUGUUGGAUUGGUUGUCGGAAGACAAGGAGUUGUACAAACUAGUCCUGAAGGCCUACAGGUACGGGUUUAAGAUGAUGUUGGACCAGGUCCUGAUGGGGGAAGCCACCACCCCCGCCGAGUUUGAGGAGUACCUGACGGAGUUUGACCGGGACUGGUACAUUGGUCUGGAGAAGGAGGAGGAAUGGAAAACCUCUGUCCUCAACUCUGUCCCCAGUCUCUUCUCUCUGGGUCACAACAAGGCACAGGGGACGUACAGCAGUCGACUGCUGACCCUGCAGGAGGAGAUGGUGUAUAUCGGCCGACUAAACAGCGAGGCGGUGAAGGGGCAGUGGGCCAACCUCAGUCUGGAGCUGCUCUACUUCACCAACGACGACGAGGAGAGAUACAGCAUCCAAGCCCACCCCACCAUCCUCCGCAACCUCACCGUGCAGGCUGCGGACCCACCCCUGGGCUACCCCAUCUUCUCCUCUCACCCAAUCAGCAUUCCCACAGUCUGACCUUGUGUGUAACUUAUUUUAUCUGUACCCACCUAGUGUGUAACAUAAACUUACCCACCAAAUGGCAUUUUUGAUAAAUUGAAUGAUGCUUUUAGAUGGCAACUGUGUUAGGACAUGGUGCACGUCUUGCCCCUUUCAUCUGCUAAGCUCUUGUAUCAGACCCACUAUUAUUAAACCCACCCCCUUAUCAUUCCCCUUGUGCCAUUAUUAUUGACCCACCCUAUUUUAAUCUAUCCAGGCCCUCUUUAUGAACAAUCCUUAUGACUGUUACUAUCAGUAAUUUUCCCUCUCCCAUCUUAGCUCUCUGUUUCUAUGGUUACCACAUUGCAGAAGCUUAUACGAGAUUUUCUUAACUGAAAGAAUUGUCCCUCUCUUUGCAAUACAGAGAAUGUCAGGGAUUCAAGUGCUAGCAGAUAUUGUGGUGUUACAGUUCGAGAACAAUAUGUGAUUAUCUACAGUUCUUAAUAUUUGGUGUUCAAUUCUUAAUCUUGGGUGCUCUCUGUGUAAUCCUUGUUUUUAUUUUUAGUUUUAGAGAAAAUUUCUUUUUGAGAGGUAGAAAGAGAGAUUUUAAAUCCUUCUGUUUUGUGACAAAUGCUGUACUCAAAGCAAUAUCAGUAACUGUAGAAAUGCUGGUAAUAUUUAUUGAGAUAAUAUUUUUAUUUUGAAGAAUUAAUUGAUGCAGUCUCUGUUUGUGUUGAGUACACAACAAAGUAUUUUACGGGUUAAGAAUGGUUUACUUCUUGAUGUUAAUUUUGUUCAUUCUGCAUUGUUGGAUAUACAUGUGUGUAGAAUUUACAAUAUUUUUAGAAAAAGAGUAAAAAAAGGCUAACUUUUGUCACUAGGGAACUACUGAAUUGUACCAGCUCAUGCGGAAGAAAAUACAAUCCUGGUCAAUGAUGUUGGUUCUGGCAUUUAUUCGUUAAGUUCUUUAAAUAAAUGGAGAUUGGUUACAGCAGGAAAUAAAUUCAAACUGUCUGUGCAAAAUAAUUUUUAUUUUUUUUAUUUUUGUUGCAUUAUUAAAUGGAGAUAAUUCAUGUGAUAUAUAUUUAGUGUUGUACAUAUCUACAGGUACAUGUUCUUAUUUUUAUACCAAGUAUUUUCAGUCUGUGACCAAAGUAGACUAUUUUUUGUAUUGUUCUGAGAUUACGCGUCACAAAUUAUGUAACAAUCAUCUUGCAUAGAGAAAUAUUUGUUGACUCUAUGUCAGGGUAAACGUCCACAGAAUCUGAUUUUUGUGUCAAUCAUAUACUGCGCAUGUUAUUGCAUCUUUGCUAGUUAAGAAAUAAUUCAUAUAAAGAGAUAUUAGGAAAGAAAGCAAUCAAUGUUUAUGUAUACUCAAUAUUUGUUUAAUUUUUCGAUUUUCCCUGAUCAGAAAUAAAGCAGGUUUACUUAAUGGAAGCACGCUCUGUACUGACUGUGUGCUUCAAACAGACCAUAGUUCCGUCUCCUGUCUGUUUAGACCAGUUAUAGUGGGCAUCAGGUUCUGGAGAGAUCUAGUUGAUACUUAUCAUUCACCAAUGACGGUUUUAUACCUGAUUUUAUUUAUAAUUUCAUUUAUUUUAUAAAUAUGAUUUUAUUUUUUGUUUCCGUCCAUGUAGAUUUUAUCUUUAGUUUUAAGUAGUUUUACACACACACACAAAAAAUGAAAUUUACAUAUGUAUGAUUUUCUCUUGCUUUAUGAUCCUUAAAAAUACUUAUUUCAUGUAAUUUUAUCCACAAUUAAGAUUUUGACAGAAACCCUAUUACAGAUUGAUUUUUACUGCAAAAUGAACAAAAGCAUCAGGGUUCUUAAAAUUUAUGUACGACAUAGAUUUCAUAUUUGAUCCUCUGUUGAAUCCUUUGAAGCUACUGCAUGAUCUGAAUCCAUUUUUUGUUAAUUUAUUUUUAAGUUAUUUGUCACUGGUGAGGGUAUUGCACGAGAUUUUCCUGAGAUUACACAAAUCUUUUUCGGUGUCUAUCCAACUUUACCGCCUGCAGCUAAGCCCUGCCCACUUUUGUGUGACAUUAGCUCUGAUAUUUGUUGUGUUUUCAAUUCUCAAUAUACAAAUGAUGUAUAAAGAUCUGUGCUUAUUCUAGCUGUGUCAAAAUAAAUAUCUGUUUUUUAA